CCAGAAAUGAGGAGGAACAGAAACUGCGACUUUGACCAAUCAGUACUCACAUCAUCCCUCAAUUUAGCUCAAUCAAGAACAACUCUCUCUCUCUCUGAAGUCUGAACCCAAAAACCCAGUUCAUCCCAGCUAGCUGAGUCAAGCAUGAUCAAACUAGCUGAGUUUCUUUUGCUGUUGCUGUCUCUCUCCCUCCAUCUUCCUCCCAUCUCCACCCAAUCAACCAACACAACCAACACAGCCACAAGAUCAACAUGCCCCAUGGAUCUAAGCUAUGUCCUCAGAAUCCCCUUCAACUCCUCCUCCUGCCAAAACUUCAAAGGCCCUACCAAAACCCCACAAAUGGACAUCACCCAGAUCCCCUGCUGCCAAACCCUCUUAUCCCUCUUUGGUGUUGCCCUCGCCCAACACCUCAAAGAAACCACCCUCUUCCAACUCCCCGACCUCUCCACCUCCAACUCCUGCCUCCUCAAUUUCCAGUCCAAACUCACCUCCCUCUCCCUCCCUCCUUCUCUCGUCUCCUACUGCUUUGACCCUUCUCAGUUUGUCAUCGCCCCCAACAUCUGCGCCCGUAUCGUGUCCACCCUAGACUGGGUCUCCAAGCUCAACGGCACCACGGCUCUCGACUCUGCCUGCCGCUCGGACCUCACUGAUCUCUCCUCCUGCGAUGCUUGCGUUGCCGCCGGCUUGAAGGUUCACAAGCAGCUGAUCGUUAUCGAUGGUAACUCUUCUCACUCUAGAGAUUGUUGGUACUUUACUAUUCUUUAUGCUGCUGGUAUUAUCAAUGAGCUUGGGCCCGAGAGCGAUGGCGCUGUGUCUUGCAUUCUUGGUGUGUCGAUGGAUUUAGUCUCGAGCAAAAAGAGCAACACUGCUCUUGUUUUCGGCCUCACCGGUGCUGGAGUUGCUGUCUUUGUUAUGUCUAGCUUGUUGGGGUUGUAUUUUUGGUAUGACAGGAGGUGGAGGAACAAAAGGGUUGUUGGGUCGAGAAUGGAUUCCGGUUUUGAUUUGGAUGAGAGAGAGUCUAGGAUUAGAGUUAGACCCAACACGGGUUCCAUUUGGUUUAAGAUUCAGGACCUUGAGAAGGCUACUAAUAACUUUUCGCAGAAGAAUUUUAUCGGCCGAGGUGGUUUUGGUGUUGUUUACAAGGGUGUUCUACCUGAUGGAACUACGGUUGCUGUCAAGAAAGUUAUAGAGUCUGAUUUUCAAGGGGAUGCUGAAUUCUGCAAUGAGGUUGAGAUUAUUAGCAAUUUGAAGCAUCGGAAUCUGGUUCCACUUAGAGGGUGUUGUGUGGUUGAGGGGGAGGACAAUUAUGAAGAGAGGGGAAGUCACAGGUACCUUGUAUAUGAUUACAUGCCGAAUGGAAAUCUAGAUGACCAUCUGUUUCUUUCUCUGUCUACUAGUCAGAGUGGAAUUGCAAGGAGGCCCUUAACUUGGCCUCAGAGGAAGGGCAUAAUCUUGGAUGUUGCCAAGGGUCUAGCUUAUUUGCAUUAUGGAGUGAAGCCGGCAAUAUAUCACCGUGAUAUUAAGGCAACAAACAUACUACUAGAUGUAGAUAUGAAAGCUAGAGUGGCGGAUUUUGGGCUUGCUAAGCAGAGUAUGGAAGGCCAGUCUCAUCUAACAACUCGAGUGGCAGGGACUCACGGGUACUUGGCCCCUGAAUAUGCUCUUUAUGGACAGCUGACGGAGAAGAGUGAUGUUUAUAGCUUUGGAGUUGUUGUUUUGGAGAUCAUGUGUGGGAGAAAAGCUCUGGAUCUGUCCUCCUUGGAAUCCCCUCAGGCAUUCUUGAUCACGGAUUGGGCUUGGUCAUUAGUGAAAUCUGGAAAACUUGAAGCGGCCUUAGAAACAUCACUAUUGACAGAGGGGGACAGUCUCAAUUCAAAUCCAAAGUGCAUAAUGGAAAGGUUUUUGCUUGUUGGUAUUUUGUGUGCUCAUGUAAUGGUUGCUUUACGGCCUACCAUUUUGGAUGCACUAAAAAUGUUGGAAGGGGAUAUUGAGGUGCCACCGAUUCCAGAUAGGCCAAUGCCUCUUGGUCAUCCUUCGUCUUAUGGCGACGGUAAUACUUUCAGCAUAUCACCAGCUUUGAGCGGGCCGAGAUUAUAUAGUGGAGACAUGCUCAGGUAAUCAAAAAUGUUUGUUAUUGUAUUAUUCCUAUACUUGAACAAUGUAGAAAUUUAGACGCCUUGUACCUUCUAAUCUUUUAUAUAUCAACUAGUUAUGUGGAGAAUGAGAAUGUAAAUACAUAUAUAUAGGAACUCAAACCAACAAUAGGCCAUACUGUGAUCUCAAAAUGUGAGGACAGGGCUUGUAGGAUGGGCUAAAGUAUGUUUUAUAUCACUAUCUUUUGAUGUUACUAAAAUACUAUUGAGACUUGUUAUGAUAAAUGUGGUGCAAAUGAGGUCUAGAAAAAGGUAUAGGCAAAUAUACCAUUUAUAUUGAUUGAGCCAUAUUGGGAAGCAAAGCUGUUGCGAGAAUGCGUCGGAUAGCAAACCAUUGGAUUGGACAAUAAUUUGAUCAGUGAAGAGUGAAGACAUGUCCUAUUUCUUCCGUAGUACAAGUAAUAUUAUGUGGAAAUGAUUUUGAUGAGAAGUUAACUCUGCAUAUAGCUGUACUUCCGAUUUCCAAGUUUUGCAAUAUU